AUGGAUCAAGUGGAUCAAGACUAUUGCCUUCAAAAACAAUCAUUUAUAGAAUCCCAAAUAGAAAUUCUUACGCAAGAAUUUCAUCCUUCAAAGAAAUGGAUAUCGGAAAAUAAAUUUGCAGAGGAACCUUUGAAUAUGAGUAUUGUAAAUAAUGCUGUAAAUAAAUUAAAUAAUAGCAAUAGAAUAGAAAAUAAACGAAUUUUUAAUCGUCACACCAUUCGUCAAGUAAUUGAACAACUUUCCAUCAUUCGUCGUCAAAAACUUAAGGAUUUAUUAGAUGGUCGGAUUAAUGUAGAGAUAAAGCCAAAUUAUGAUAAUAUAAAAUGGAUUGAAUCAUUUCCAGAGGAAUGGCCACCUCAAUUGGAGGAAUUCGAUGAAGAGAAAUUGGAGAAAUUAGAUGAGUAUGAAGAAAAGAGAUCACUUGUAUAUAAUGUACAAACAAAUUAUAUCGCAAUGAAAGAGAAGUAUGAAUAUUACAAGAAUCUUCAUAAACUCAUGGAACCAUUAAAUAAUUCAAAUCACAUUCAACAAAAUUUAAUUACUCGAAAUUCACCUGUGAUCGAUGAAAUUUCUAAAAUGAGAAUUUUGUGUAAGUAA